AUGUUUAAAAUAUUGUUUUUUUUACUAUUGGUUGCAUGCUUGGGUAUUGGAGCCACUGGGACUGUUUUGACUUGUAAGUUUUUUAGUUUUUGAAAAUUGCAAAAACUCUUUACAAAAUGCUUUUAAAAAAAACUCUUUUUUUGGGCAAUACAAUUCUGGGUUAGGGCACUGGGGCUAGGCUUUUGGAUAGGGCGCUGGGGACUCUGGAGUAGGGCUUUGGGCUAGGGCUCUAAGCUAGAGCUUUGGUCUAGAGCUCUGUACUAGGACUCUGGACUAGGGCUCUGGGCUAGGGCUUUGGGCUACGGCUCUGGGCUAGGGCUCUGGGCUAGAGCUUUGGUCUAGAGCUCUGGGCUAGGGCUCUGAGCUAGGGCUCUGAGCUAGGGCUCUGGGCUAGGGCUCUGGGCUAGGGCUCUGGGCUAGGGCUCUGAGCUAGGGCUCUGGACUAGGGCUCUGAGCUAGAGCUCUGUACUAGGACUCUAGACUAGGGCUCUGGGCUAGGGCUCUGGGCAAGGGCUCUGGGCUAGGGCUCUGGGCUAGGGCUCUGAGCUAGGGCUCUGGACUAGGGCUCUGAGCUAGGGCUCUGAGCUAGGGCUCUGGGCUAGGGCUCUGGGCUAGGGCUCUGGGCUAGGGCUCUGGGCUAGGGCUCUGGGCUAGGGCUCUGGGCAAGGGCUCUGGGCUAGGGCUCUGGGCUAAGGCUUUGGGCUAAGGCUUUGGGCUAAGGCUUUGGGCUAGAGCUCUGAGCUAGGGCUCUGGGGUAAGGCUCUGGGCUAGGGCUCUGAGCUAGGACUAGGGGCAAAACCUUUUAACAUUUUUUGUAAAAACCGCAAUAACUUUCUUUACAAUAUUCUCUUUCAGAUUUUGAAAACCUUGAAGUAGGCUGUUUUCCACCAAGCCUAGAAGACAAAAAGAAGCAUUUCCUUAUGUUAUCAGACAAAGAAUUACUUUGGAAUCCCAAUAACAAUGUCACUGAUGCCACGUUCACCUUCAAGUUUAUAAGCCCACUAAAUGAGGAUACUGUAAUUGAUUACGGUAUUGCUGUUGAGAAGUUGAAGAGAGUGUUACCUAAUUUGAGGAUUAUUAACUUUCAAGGGAUUGUCAUACAAGGAACGUUUAGUGACAACAUUAAUGAGGUAUGGAAAGAAAAUUUUUGCAAUUUUUAAAAAAAGAUUUUGUAAAGAAAGUUCUUGCGGUUUCUAAAAAUGGAAUUAGUAAAGAAAGUUCUUGCGGUUUUCAAAAAAAAUAAUUUUAGUUUUCCAAAUGGGCCCACCAAACGUACCAACAAGUACUAGAACACGCCAAAAAACUGACGUUUUUAUGCAAAUCAGCCAAGUAUACUGUAGCUCGCUUCUUCUUUACCGUAAUCAUACCACGACAAAUGUGUGACUCUUAUACUAUGUACGAAGACUGUCAAUGGCUUCGACAACGAAUCUUACUCGAAUUUCAUGAUGUUCGAAGUUUCAUCGUGUACGAAGAUGCCACCUUGGUUAAUAUUAAGCACAAUAUUAUUGGAACUGACUUUCAGUUUAUGAUUAAUUUUUAA